AUGUCGCUGAGACAGACUUCGAGCAACAGCAAGUUUCCUGCAAAGACACAUGCUAGAAAAGUGGCCGACGAGCUCGGCGUCGACAAUGGCCUCAUCUACUUGCCAGGCCAGCUGGAGUCGACGUGGGAGGACUCGGACAUGGGACCGUCAUUUCGACAACGUAGAUACUUCUACUAUCUCACCGGUGCUGACUUUGCUGGAUGCGCCGUGACCUACGAUAUGAAUCUCCUGCUGUGGUUCGGCACAACACCAACCCCAGCUAAGUGCCUCGAGAAAGCCGAUCUAGACGAGGUCAAGUACGUGAGUGACCUUCCCAAGUACCUGAUCUCCAAGCUCGCGACGGUCCAGCAACUCUAUGUACUGAGGGAAUCGCAAAUGCCCAAGCUCGGCUCCCUUGGGGUGCUCACGCCGCAGGUGCGGGUCGACACCACCUCACUCCUACCCGCCAUCAGUGAAGCCCGAGUAGUAAAGACGGACUACGAGAUCGCCAUGAUCCGCAUAGCCUGCGCCGUGUCUUCUAAGGCGCACCAUGACGUGUGUGCCCGUUUCCUCUACUUCAAGAACGAAUGCGAGAUCGAAGCGACCUUCUCAGCAUCCUGCAUAGCUUCAAACUCGCACGCGCAGUCGUACCCCGUCAUCGCCGGGUCCGGUACUAACGCUGGUACGCUCCACUACGACUCCAAUAACGAGCCCCUCGAGGGGCGCCAAGUCGUUGUCCUCGACGCGGGAGCCGAGCGGAACUGUUACGCCUCCGACAUCACCAGGACUCUUCCCAUCGGCGGUAAGUUCACCCGCGAGGGCAAGGCCUCUACGACCUUCCUCCAACUACACGCCCACAUGGUGGCCGCUAAUGGACUCCUUCACCUCGGUAUCCUGCAUAACGGCUCUGCAAGGGAGAUCUUCGCCAACGGCACCACGGCGGCUUUCUUCCCGCACGUACUGGGACACCAUGUUGGGUUGGAGGUCCACGAUGUACCGGGCAGGGAGAAACUCAUGCUCCAGGCCGAUGGCUUACCCUCCGUCGUGCGCCGGAGCAAGCGGACCCCUAUUACCCCCGGGAUCCUCCAGGCUAUGAUCAAGGAUGCUGCAGGCGUGUACGGUGGCCCGUUCACGGGAAGGAGGGAGCUGGAUGCGGGUAUGGUUGUCACGAUUGAGCCGGGGAUCUACUUCUGCCGCGAGUACAUUGAGGCGUCUUUCCUGAAGAAGCCUGAGCAUGCCAAGUAUAUCAACCGGGAGGUAUUGGAGAAGUAUUGGGGCGUGGGAGGCGUCAGGAUUGAGGACUGCAUUUUGGUUACUGGGGAGGGUCAUGAGAAUAUCUCGUCGGCGGCGCCAAAGGGAGAGAGAAUGUUGAAUAUCAUUAACAGGAGAUGA